AUAAACACUCUUUGCUGCAAUCCGAUUCAACUCAUCGCCUUCUUUCUCCUCCACCUCCGAAAUAACUCGUUUUCCCGGAAAAGCAGCAGCUUCGCUCUUGCUCCAGGCGAUGCGAGCUCACUAACAUGGAAGAAGAAAACAACAACGCCGGGAGCGACUCAGACUCUAGCUCCGUCGACGAGCCUCAGGACCAUUACGAACCGAUCUCAGCCGUCGAUGUAGACGGCGAACAUAACGACGAUGAGGAAGAAGAAGACGAUUAUCUUCCUAUCAAUGGAGACGGCUUCAGCAACGGCCUCGCUAACGGCCACUGUAUGAUCCCGGAAGCAGUGGACGGAAUCUCUUCCGUUAGUAUAAACGGACACGCAGAGGCCAAGACUGAUGAUACCGAAGAAGAGACGGAGACUGAGACGACGCCGGAUUCGGAGAUCCGUACAGCGUUUGAGGAAGACGAGCGGCGUAGGAGAUCGCCGUUACAGGUGGAGAACGCGGCUAGGGUUAUGGAGGCAAUGCGCGCCAUCUCGUUCCCUGGAACGGCUCCUGAUUGGGCCUCCGAUGUUAAUGAGGAUCGUUGGGUUGAUCAGCUUCGUAGAUUGAGAUCCACUUCUCAGUAACUUAAAACAGUGUUUUCUAAAAACCACAAGUAGUUUUUAUUUCGUUUCAAGUGUUUUUUUUUCUCUCAGUAUGGUUCAACUUGACUAUAUCAAACAUUUGAAUACUAUUUGAUUAUAUACAAUAUGAUUCUGGUG